UUUAUAUUUUUAGCCCAGUGUUUUUAGUUCGGAGCAAUAACAGUUUGAAAAGGAUAAAUUUCUGUCUUCAAAAUCCUUAUAAUUUAUCAAAUAUAUCAAGAUGCCGUUGGAAUUUUUAUUCGGGAGGAAGAAAACUCCCGAGGAGAUGCUAAAACAGAAUCAAAGAGCUUUAAAUCGAGCGAUGAGAGAUCUCGAUAGAGAACGUAGUAAGCUUGAAGCCCAAGAGAAAAAAGUUAUUGCAGAUAUCAAGAAAAUGGCUAAAUUGGGUCAAAUGGAUGCUGUUAAAAUCAUGGCUAAAGAUCUGGUCAGAACAAGAAGAUAUGUUAAAAAAUUCAUUUUAAUGAGAGCAAAUAUCCAAGCUGUGUCGCUUAAAAUUCAGACUCUACGAUCUACUAAUGCCAUGGCACAAGCAAUGAAGGGAGUAACUAAGGCUAUGGUUGCAAUGAACAGGCAACUCAAAUUACCAGAAAUACAAAAGAUCAUGAUGGAAUUUGAAAAACAGGCUGAAAUAAUGGACAUGAAAGAAGAAAUGAUGAGUGAUGCUGUUGAUGAUGUAAUAGGAGAUGAAGAAGAYGAUGAAGAAAGCGACAAACUUGUAGCCCAAGUGUUUGAUGAACUAGGCCUCCAGUUAACAGAUGAGCUAUCCGAUAUCCCAGCUGCAGCAUCUGGCAUUGCUAACAAGGAUAAGGGUGGUGCAGCAAAAGUGCCUGCCAUGGCUGAUGCUGAUGCUGAUUUACAAGCACGGUUGGAAAACCUCAGAAGAGAAUAGAAGUAGGAAUUCAAUGUUCCCCUUUGUACAUAUUACUGAUGAACUUCAAUCUCUUUACUCAAGUGUCAUGGUAGAAUAAUUCCCAUCUAAUGACAAGAUUACUACACCUGCGAGCAAUUACUUAUUCUUUUUUAAAUUUUAUUUAGACGUGGAAAAAAAUGGCAGCGUGCAAAGUGUGUUUACACAAUGAAAUUUAUAAUAUUGCGCGCAUCGUUGAACAACGUCGGCUCUCUCCCGAUCAAACUUAUAGGAGAAUCGCGUAUUAAUUCCAGAUUCUUUAUUUUUGUCAGUGUCAUUAACAACUUUAAAAGUUGCUCUUCUCCUCCAUUAGCACAAUGUUUGUAUAAUAUGAAUAUUGAUAAAUAUUAAUAAAGUUGAUCUUUUUCAUGAAA